AUGUCCGAAUUAGACACGUUUUUCAAAGACAUAAGGGACGAGGUAGCAAAAGACGUCAACAAGAAAACUUUGUUGCAGGACUUGGAAAAUCAAUUUGACUUGUCCCUCAUUCCAUUUCAAACCAAGAUCAAUUCAUGGACAUCAGUUAGCCCCAAGCAGCUAAACGGUAUUUUCCAAACAACAAACAGUUUCGAGGAAGCAAUUCGUGAAAACGUUGAAAGAUUUAAGUACUCCUUGUCUGAGCUCGAGUGUAAACCAAGUCAGAAGGAAAGAUUGUCAAACAAAAUUAUCGAAGAUUCCAUCUACAUACUUUUGGCCAAUCGGUACUUUUGGAUCAUUGGUGCCGCCUUCACUCACGAGUCAAUACUGGUAAAGUUAGUAACCGAAGGAAAUGAAUUGGGCAUAAUUUGCACACCACAGGAAGUAUUUAAAUCAUUGGGCGUCAAUGAUGUCAAUUAUCAACUAUACCUAAUCGCCCUUCUAAAAUUGAUUGAUAUCAUUGUUGACUAUACAACAACUACUGUCAUCAAUCAAUCAAUUGGCUCAAGCUCGCCUCAAUCACCAAAUUAUUCCAUUGGUCUCAUAAAUCUGAAGAUUGUUUCCAAAAUACAAAAUGGGUUUCUGUUAUUGGAUUUGAAGAAUGACGUUUUAAGAAAGAGGUACGACAGUUUGAAAUACAAUUCUCAGAGGUUGAACAAGAUUGUAUAUGAUUUGUCGCUCCGUAAUUUGCUAACGACGGAAGUUGGGGUGGAAUAA